AGUUCGAUCGGUUAGAAAGAACGAUAUAGUGCAGAGAGCAAUUGGGCAUUUGUUGAUUGUUGUAUUUGAGGUUAUUUGAUGUGAUUCAGGCCGAAGACGAAGAUGUAGUGCCACCGUACAGUAAACUGGGUGAAUUAGCUCUCUUACACUGCUACUAAGAACGGCGACUCUAGCGCUGGUUCUGCUCUACAAAGAACGCUCAAGUGUACACUUACUGAAUUAGCUCUGCCAGUGCAGCUACCAAGAACAAACCUAUAAUUAUGGCAACAUUGUACAGAGGAACAUAACCUCCUUUACAGCCAACUUUGGCACAUGUCAGUAAAAUAAAUAUUUUUAUCUAAAAAGACAAUGAUGAAUUCUAUUAAGUUAAUCAAUUAUUUAGUAGCAGAUACGGCUGCAUUUAUACAAAAUACCCAAUUACAGAAUGUUGCAAAUAAUAUCUUCACCUGCCCGGAUGUAGUUAAUGAAAUUAAUAAUAAAAGGCAACUUAGACGCCUAGCUGUCCUUCCUUACGCUCUUAUAGUCAAAGAACCAUUUCCUGAAAAUAUCAAAUUGGUCACAGAUUUUUCCAAAAAAACUGGAGAUUAUCGUAGUUUAUCGGCAACUGAUAUAAAAGUAUUGGCAUUAACAUACCAACUCGAAAAAGAAAAAGUGGGUACAGAACACCUUAGAACCAAACCUAUUGUGGAAAAAGCGGAAAUAACUACUGAAAAUAAAUUAGAUACAAAUCCAGAUGUUACCGGCUUCUUUCUACCGACAGAUUCAGAAGAAAUUGGAAUUGAAAACAACGAAUCUGAUAAAAUUAGAGAUGAAAAUGAUACAGAAAAUAUAUUGGUUCCAGUAAAAGAAGAUGAUGAUACUUCUGGUGGUGAAAGUGAUGAUGGAGAAGAUGAUGAUGAUUCUGAUAGUGGUUGGAUAACUCCCUCGAACGUAAAAAUAGUAAAGCAACAAGUAAACUCAGAUUUAUUAGAACAGAAAAAGGUGGAAGUAGCUUGUAUGACAACAGAUUUUGCUAUGCAAAAUGUGCUUCUCCAAAUGAAUCUUAAUGUAUCCGCUUUAGACGGUCGAUUAAUAAAACAGUUGAGGACGUAUAUUCUACGUUGUUAUGCCUGUUUCAAAACUACAAGUAUAAUGACUAAAAAGUUCUGUCCAAAGUGUGGUAACGACACUUUGAAAAAAGUUGGUGUAUCACUAGAUGAACAUGGUAAAAUGCAGAUACAUAUUAAUAUAAAACGACCGCUCACAGCAAAAGGGAAAAGAUUUAGUUUGCCACGAAUAAAAGGAGGUAAACAUCCUAAUAAUCCUAUAUUAGUAGAAGACCAGCCAAUGCCUGACAACAAACCCACCAGGCUAGCUCGUACUAAGAAUAAUCCAUUAGAUGAUGAUUAUACCGCAGGUUUUUCGCCUUUUGUAAUGAGAGAUAUUAAUUCAAAAUCGGCCCAGUUGUGUAUACGACCAGGACAAGAAAUCAAACAUUGGAUGAGGAAGAAUCCAAACGAAUCAAGAAGAAGAAGGAAAUGAAUUUGAUAUUAGUAGAAAUUCUAAACUGUUCAAUUAUAUAUUUUCAAAUGAUGUUAGUUUAACAAAUAAACUUUCAUUCCAUUUAUUUGUACCUACCGACUGCUGCCGUUUAAAACUGAAGAUAUUAUUCUAAUUUUGGGAAUACAUAACCCUAUGUAGUGUAUUUUACCAUGAAAGUAUAUGUUAAUUGGUUGAAGACUACUCCAGAAAGCAAUUUUAUUAUUUUUUUGGAACUUAUCAAAAAAAUCAACACUCAAAUGUUCAUAAUACAGAAUUUUGUAAUUCUAGGUUUAAAAAUAGACAAAAAAUUCAUAUUAAA